GUUUUCACAGGUCGUAUUUUUGUAUAAAGGAAUAAAAUUAUAUUUUUUCAACCGAAGAUAAAAAGCCUCUUGUAUAUAUUUCUAACUUUUUUAAUAACCAGACAACAUGUCGGACGUGGAAAAUGAUGAUGUAUCGUCUGCCGUGGCAGUUAGUGGUAAUAUGGACGUUAACACGGCGUUGCAAGAAGUCCUAAAAAAUUCUCUUAUUCACGAUGGUGUAGUACACGGUCUUCAUGAAGCUGCCAAGGCACUAGACAAAAGACAAGCAAUGCUUUGCGUAUUGGCAGACAAUUGUGAUGAACCUAUGUAUAAAAAGUUGGUACAAGCGUUAUGUAAUGAACAUCAAAUACCUCUGAUAAAAGUAGAUAACAAUAAAAAAUUAGGCGAAUGGGCAGGACUAUGUAAAAUUGAUAGUGCGGGCAAAGCGCGUAAAGUAGUUGGUUGCUCCUGUGUUGUUAUAAAGGAUUUCGGUGAGGAUACACCAGCGAAAGAUGUUCUUCUAGAAUAUUUGAAACAAAAUGCUGUACAUUAAGAAACUUUUUAAUAAAACACUUUAAAAAUA